UUAUUCUUGAGUGGAAUAUUACAAAGGAGAAAGACCAUUUCAUGUCCAAGACCUUUUACUGGAAGAGUGUAGCCGGUGGCCCUUCAAGAUUCUUACUCCAACUUGCUACUGAAGGAUAGGUCUACUUCUAUCCAACACAUAUUUCUACAGGAUUCUAUUUAAUGGAUGUGAGUAUUCAAAAAUUUUCCAGAGUUUAAAUUCAGGGAGGGGGGUUCAUGGAGAUGUGCAUGAUAGUGAAAUCGUGGGGUAUUGGGCAUUGAAUUUUGAGGCAAAGUCUGUUGGCAGCUGAAGGUGUACAUACAACAGUUGUCUUAACUCUGGACACUUGUCUUAGAUGUCAAUCCAGCAGCACAUAGCUAUUCCCAUUAAGGCUUUCCUCUCAUUGUAUUCACUCUAAAACCAGAUGCAGAAUAAUCUUUAGCAAUUUGUCUUUAUGAAGGGAAGCUGCAGUAAUAAAGGAUGCUGAGGAACAGUCUUAAGGAUUUCUUAGAAGAAUCUAUGAAAUCAGUUGAGGCAUUUCAGGAGCCAAAUUGGCUUUGCUAGGAAAGAUGGAUAAAGUUUCAGGGAUGGCUGUUUGGUUCCUGUGAAAGGUAACCUGCUCUGGAAGGAGAGAGUACCAGUAAUAACAGUAAUGUUUGUCAGUGGCAAAAUGUAAAAAAGUUCAAGUGAAGUGACUUUUUUAAUGAGUCAAGGUCUUUCUAAACAGUGAGUACACCAUACCAGGUUAGUGGUUUAGGCUAAAGCUAAAAUUCUGGUGUCUCAUCUUUGCAUUUCGUUAUGCCCAUACCUGUAUUGCUUUGGCUGCAGCCUGUUGUCCAGCUCACUGUUCACAUCAAAUUUGUGAUGGGUUUGGUGAGACAGCAGAAAGCACGUGCACUUUGAAGUGGUUUUGACCCUAUACUGUUAGCUUUGUUGUGAUGUCAGAAUUGUGAAGUAUUUGUACAAGGAAAUGCUACUGUGUGUUAUAAGAAGAUUACUAUUAGUUCCCGCAUAUAUCUUCUGUUUUUCAAAUGUGUGAGUCCCUGACAUGAAUAUCAAAACCUGCCAUGCUAUAAAAUGUGUAUUUUGAUCUAAUACUAGAAGAACUUACUUUGUACUAGCUGGCACUUCUAAUUUAGAAUCAAAAGAUAUCCUGAGUUGGAAGGGACCUACAAGGAUCUGCUUUCCAGCCUCUCUUUCCUGAGUCUACACCUACAUCCAGGGUCACCCCAUCCCAGGUGCAGAAUCCUGCUGUCACACACAAGACAGAAUAAAUGCCCCAUACUGGAUUUGGAUACUGGGGUUUACUGAAUAAUCACCAGGACCAGACUUUUCACCCUCUUUGGUUAUGUUCAGCUCCUGCCCCAGCACUGUGUUCCUUGGGUCUCUGCUUCCCAGGAGGGAGGGCACUCCUGGUCCAGGAAGCUCAGGCAUGAAGAUGUGCUGAUCCCACAGUGCUGCUUCUCACAGCUGCCUAUUCCAGUCACCACUGGCCAAGGUCCCAUCUCUGAUCUGCAGGAUGUAUUCCCUCCCACCACAUCCACACACAGCCUGCUGUCAGUUCACUGUAAGCUGAUUCUGUCUGUGGCAGGAGCUUAUAGCAAGGGGUCCUGAGGCACCACAGAUUCUUGCUUCUCUCCAAAUGCAAGCACCACCAUCCCUGUGCCCUCACCCUGCUUCCCCUUCAUGCACAAUUAAUUACAUGGUCCAUUAACAAUCUUGUAUGAGCAGUCCUUUAACAACAUUAAUUAUCCUGCUGCUAAAGCAGGAAUGCAAAAAAUUGUCCCUGAACAGCCCACUGUCACCUGCCCUGUCCCCUGAGAAAACCACAGCCUUAAACCAGGUUGCUCUGAGGGCAGAGUGAAGUAGGCAGCCUGUGGUUCUGAACCUGCCAAGGGGCAGGGGGGCUGGGACAGAAAUGUGCUGGGCCCAGAAUGAGCUGCUUCUGCAGUGAACAACUCUGACAGGAUGGACACAUCAUAGGUGCUGCAGCUCUUGUUCUUUUCUCAAGUUUUCACAGCCAGCAGAGGUGAAGAGGGUGCUCCUGAGAAACACCUGGGCACUGUGGAAGCUGCUGGAGGUGUCAGGUCAACAGCAUCUGAUGAGGCAGCACAGAGUGUCGAUGGUCUGAGCUGAAGCAGCAAGGAAAAGCUUUAGGGACUUGGUGACCAGAUUUAUAAAGAAGAGACAUGAAAAUAAAAUGGCAAUGGCAGGCUGAGGCUAGAGGAGAGCUGCUGCAGCCACCUCAUCUGCUGCAGGGCAGGGCUCUGAAGGCACAUUCAAACAGGACUUUCAGGGAGACAUGUGCAGAGAGAAGAGAGAGAGAGAAGGAUGCAAUGGUACAUAAAUCAGAGAUCAUUGCAAAGAACAGUUUCGACAGAGUGAUCUUGGCAUCCAGCUACAUAGAAGUGAGAAGCCCGUUCAGUGUACCACGUCUAUGCUUGGGCUCUUGGGGAAAAGAAAAAAAAGGAAAAAAAAGAAGAUGUCCUAGGACUCUCAAAGAGAGGUGUCUGAGAAAUAACAGCAAGCAGUUCUGCAUGCUCCUUCUGCAAUGCUCUAAGAGUCUAACCAAGGGCUUUCUCCUAAGAAAUGAACUUCUGACCAUGGGGGACUGGAACUUGUUGGGCAGCAUCCUUGAAGAAGUGCACAUCCACUCCACCAUAGUUGGCAAGAUCUGGCUCACCAUCCUGUUCAUAUUCCGGAUGCUGGUGCUGGGAGUGGCUGCUGAAGAUGUCUGGGAUGAUGAGCAGUCCGAGUUCAUCUGCAACACGGAGCAACCUGGCUGCAACAACAUCUGUUACGACAAAGCCUUCCCCAUUUCUUUGAUCAGAUACUGGGUGCUGCAGAUCAUAUUUGUCUCCUCCCCAUCCUUAGUGUACAUGGGCCACGCGCUCUACAGGCUAAGGGCGCUGGAGAAAGAGCGCCAGAACAGGAAAGCCCACCUGCGGGCUCAGCUCGAGGACCUGGAGCCCAUGCUCGAGGAGCACAGGAGAGUGGAGAGAGAACUGCGUAAGCUGGAGGAACAGAAGAAAGUGAAUAAGGCACCCUUGAGAGGGUCCCUGCUGCGCACCUAUGUCCUACAUAUCCUGACCCGCUCGGUGGUCGAAGUGGGCUUUAUGAUAGAGAAGACCAUCUUUAUGGUUUUCAUGAACAGCAUCGCCGCCGUCUCCCUCUUCCUCAACAUCCUCGAAAUCGCCCACCUGGGCGUCAAGAAGAUCCAGAAGAGCCUGUGCGGGCAGCCGCCGUGGCCGGCGGGCCCGUCCGAGGAGGAGCCCAGCGUGUACAACUCCAAGAAGAGCUCGGUGGUGCCUGCGCCGCCCUGCCUGGCCAGCAACGCGUCCCCGCCGCGCCCCGCGCCCGCGCCGCUCCCGCCGCCGCCGCCCGCGCCCGGCGCCCCCGCCCCGCCGCCGGCCCGGCAGCACCGCGGGCAGCUCCGGGCGACGCCGCCGCCGCGCCGCCGGCACCACGGACAGCAGCCGCCGCCCUCCUCCAGCAGCGAGGAGGCGCCGCGGGCAGCCCCAGCGGGCGGCGGGGCGGGGGCGGCGGGGGCGGCCGCGGCCCGCCGGGCGCCCCGCAGGCAGAGCCGGGCGAGCGCCUGCCGCGAUCUGGAUGAGGAGCGCGGCGACUCCCCGGACAGCGGGCACUGCCCCGGCACCCGCAAGUCCAGCUUCCUCUCCCGCGUGCUGGCCGGGAGCCGGGCGGGCAGCGACAGCGAGAGCACCGCCUCCCGCGGCGGCUCCGGCCCCCGCCUCGGCCCCGGCCCCGGCUCCGGCUCCGGCUCCGGCUCGGAGGGGAAGCGCCACGAGGAGGGCGCGCCCAGCCCGCCGCCCGCCGCCUCGGGACGCCGCGUGUCCAUGAGCAUGCUCCUAGAACUAUCAUCCAUCAUGAAAAAGUAAGGACAUUCUAAGGAGAAGAAACAAACUAAGGGACUGAGUACAAACUGCCUUCAGCAGAGAGAUGAAAAGCAGAUUUUUUGUCGUUUUGUUCCCCUCUCCCACUGCUAUAAUGCUAAAUUGAUAAUACAGUUUAAAAAAGCAAACACUUUAUGCCUCCAUUGCAUGCCAAUCCCAGCUGUGCUGUAGUCUGACUGCUGGUGUUACUGGGUAGCUCGCUCCACAACUCAAGAUUUCUCUCACGUGGACUGAGCUGGAUCUUGUCAGUGUGUGCUGCCACUGCAGAAACAGCCUUGUGUCUUUGGGGAGCGUUUUGGGAUGUACAACUUGUUGUGCAUGCUAGUGGUGUUCAUAUCAGAAACCAGCCUGAUCCACAGAACUUCAAGGUAGCCUAAGACCCAAGGCAUCAACAAGAAAGGAAUAGUUUGAUUUGAAAGUAACCUGGAAGGCUAUGUGGCCUCAAUCUCUCCAGACUUCAGCAGCUGAUGAAUAAAAAGACAGAGGAAACACUCAUGGAAUCUGAAAGGACAGAAAAUUAAAGAGAGAAAAAACAGCUGAAGAAUACCUGUGGCUUUUCUGCUUGUGCUAAUGCAAUCCUCAAACUCUGAUAGAGCCUUUCCAUGCUAAUGUAGCCUCCUCAUAGCUAAUGCUUUUGGAUUCAAAAUUGAAACUAAGUGAUAUCAGACAAUUUAUUUUAAGUGCAAAACAUCUAUGCUUUCCAGUUUGCUGUUUGAGAAGAUCACAUUGGGGUCAUGAAAAUCUUAUUUGCUUCACAGUCUCAUUAAUUCAUACAGAACAACCAAAAGAACAAGCAGAGCCAAAAAGAGCUGAUUUCAGUUUGCUAGUACAGCCUAGCACCAGAGCGUUGGCUUUCUGGGUUGUAUGCAGCCCAAGGAAGCAGCUCUUCCACUGCUGUACCUGGAAAAUAAAGCACUGACUGUCCCUGAUCCUGUUUCUGGCCACAUACUUAAAAAGCUCUUUUAUUUGCCAAGCUUAUCACAGUUCACAUUUGCUAUCAUCUCAGCGGGGAGUGAUGCUUGGAACAAGUUUGUUUGCUUUGCAGCUUUCCCUAUGCAUAAAAAUUCUCCAUGACUUGACAACUCUAAGGCAAGACUAGCAGAAAGCAGGACUGCAGGAAAAUAACUCAAGCAUAAAGAUUGUAGUGUUUUGGUUUCUUUCAAGAGCACAUGAUAUAUAUUCAUAUUCUGCCUCACUAGAAACUCACUGACAAUUUGCCUGUGCAUUUAUUCAGUAUUUUAAGGGAAAAAAAAAGAAAAAAGAAAAUAAAUACUUGAAAUGGUGGCCAUUAAACACUAGCAACAACUGAGGGAUGGAGAAACAGAUUUGCUAACACACUCUGCCUACUGCUAGGCUGUGUAGACGUGGUGAUGCAUCCUCUGGCAGAUUUGAUGGGAUGGGAAGCCUUCUUCAUAUAUGCUCAACAGGAAGAUGCUAAGGUUGGUGGCCAAGGGAACAUGAUCAAUGGUCUUCUGCCUGGUGAUGAAAAAGCCUGGGGACCUCCCUCAGAGCCUGACCUCCUCCCCAUGCCACAGAGUGUCAUCCCAGCAAGUGUGUGGGCCAGGGCAGGAUAACUGGUCGUGCCAUUCCCCCCUCCCUGGGCUCCUCCUGCCGAGCUGCUGGGCAGGCUCCCAGCUUGCAUCCGACACAAGGAGAGAGAGAGGUGGCAGAUGUGGGACUCCCACAGCACAAACACCUCCCCGCUGGACCCCACGUCCUGCUUGUGGCAAAUAGCAUCUAAAGCUGUUGUAAUUUCUUCUUUCCUUUCUUGCUUUCCUACUAAUGGUCCAUGGCACAAGUUUCCUCUUUCAGGAAGGAAUACUAUAGAGAUUUUUAGGCUAUGUUUUGUUUGUGCACAAACCUCUCUGUUCCCCUCAGGUUUUCCUUAAAGGGGAAACAACCCUCAGCCUCUUCCCUUACCUUCCAGCAAGUACACCGGUGCUUUAGAAGACCGAAACAAAGACUGAGCAGAACUGCCUUAAGUCAUGCACUAGGGGAACAAGUAUAGAUACAGCUUAUUUGAUCUUCCAAAAAAACUUAUUUCAUGUUGGCAACGGAACACCCUGGGCUGUUCCUGCAGAUCAAAGGUAACUUGGAUCCCUGGAUCAAAGACUGCUAGUGAAUUAGCAGUGGGACCACGUGAGUAGAAGUCUCUUCAUUAGUGCAGAGAUUCACCGGGCAGUAGCAACUGCUUCUAACCCACCCUCCUGUAUCUCACCUACAACCCGCGUGCUAACCGAGCCCUGCAACAUCAAUUUCAGAGUCAUGAUGAGACAAUUUACAAUACAUAAUGAUAUGUCUUUAUUUCAUCAACAGAAAUGGUGUCUAGACAAAAUUCAGUUAACACUAGCAAUUCAAAUGAAUGAAAAGGGUUGGGUGGUUUUUUUUCAUUUUUGUUUUUUUGCACAAUACUGUAUUUACAAUGAGUAAAUGACAUUUUAAAUUCAUUAGUUCAUAGCAAUGCUUUCUUCCAAAAAGGUAAAAAUUCUUAGUAACAGAGAGUAAGCAUCAACAGCCACCUCAUUUAUUUAUACAAUAAAAAUCACAAGAAACCACAGUCACCUAGAAAAAAAAAAUAAAGACAAGCUUAAGAACUAGUACAAUAAAAUGAUGCAUUGAAUUAAGUUACAUUAAUCGCAUAGAAUUUGUGUAAAAAGUAUGUAGAAAAAACACCUGAUGUAACCUGUUACAGUCAUUGACCAGUUAUGAGAGGUACAGAGGGUUAUACAGGUAGAUAUGUGUGAAAACUGUCCAUACUGUUUGACCUGGGGAGGAAGAGAAGAGGGGUUGCACCCCUUGCAUACACUGAUAAAACCCUGUUUUGAAUAUGGCCUCUGAAGUUUGUAAGGCAUAUAUAAGAGGUGCACUUGUAACCAACUGGUUCUGGAACAAACUCUUAGGGCAUCCUCACCUUGAAAUCAAAGGUGAUGCUUGCAACUUGGAGUAAACAACCACGCACCGAAUAUCACCAAAGUGUUUAGUAUCAUUCCUGCUGGUCUGAGGGAUCCAGAGAGCUUCAGGCAGAGCAAACGCAGCAGUGAGAGCAGGACUGAAACCAUGCACAUUCCUUGUGGCUACAUCCCAGCUGCAGGGGGCCGCCGGCCCGGGCAGGGGGUGCCAGCCACAACCCCCAGCACGGGGCAGCUGCUCCCUCCUCUGCCCACAUCCCAGAGCAUGGGCUCCUCUGGCUGCUGGGAUCAGCCCACCAUCCACUGCAGCCCCCGCCCGGCUCCCUCCAGAGCUGAUGGGGUCGUUUGGGUUCGUAGCCUGGGACCAUCUCUGCUUCUAAGCAAUCAAUGAAAUCAAACACUGCCAGUUUCCAUUUCUAUUUUGGGAUGUUAGUUUCUUUCUGCAUGCCCUUAAUUAGCCAAAAGGGACAACAGUGGCACUGCAUGAACCACACAGUGACUGUCAGUUAUGGCAAGGGCUCUGCCCACAGUCGUUUAAGUUUGCACAAGAACAGGAGUCAUAUAACUGGCUUUUUAGCAGUCGUUUGGUUGGGGUAAUGAGCUUAUAAAAAGAUAUUUUUAGCAUU